AUGACCCUUCGUCCCCUUCCAGAGUCCCUCCGCUAUGAUGACCUGAUAGAUUUCGAAGAGGAUAAAGAGACGGAGUUUAAAGCACUACAAGAUACAAAGAACCUUAUACGAGAGAUUAGAAGAUAUUCCCAAAUUUACUUAAAUGCCUUUAUUAAUACCAACGGCGGGCAUUUGUUUUUUGGCAUAGAUGAUAGCAGCCGUAUAAGAGGUUUUGUAUUAUCUAAUCGCCAAAGAGAUCAAAUCCGUCUCUCAGUAAGUACUACUAUAAAUCAAAUGACACCCCAAAUAGAUUCAAAGCUCUACUCGGUAAAGUUUAUACCCAUUAUCGGUGGACCGCAAAUAACGCCAUCAGCUGAGAAAAUAUAUCGAUGUGUUAUUGCUAUAACCAUGUUCUCUGGGAAAUUUCCUGUUUACUUUACAUCUCCUUCACGUCAGUAUGCUUAUAUGCGAUGUGAGGGGAGUAUUACCAGAAUGAGAAAAACCAUAAUUGAAAGUAGAGUUACUUUAGGGCGCCCGUGUCCCGCCGCAAAAAUUGAUAGGGAAAUUUCCGCAGUUACUGACGAUAAUUUACUCCUGUCACUAGAUGAGGCUAAGUAA